AUGAUCGAUAGGAACGGCAAACCGCACGAGAAGGCAGACCCCCUUGUUGUCCAUCGGUUACGUCAAAUCUUAGAACCGAUACGUACGGAAGCUGAACACGAAUCCGAGCUUCUCGAGGACCGCGAUACGACUUGGUUCGGAUUCGGUCGCGAUGCCUUCGGCCACCCCCUAUUCCACGAUUUUGGGCGGUUCGCCGCCAUAAUGAGCGAGACUGUCACCGACGAGACGGUCGAGCGAUAUCCUCAGCUGACGACGUUUAUUGGGGAAACUGGCGCUGGGAAAAGCACCCUAAUCAAACUCCUCAUUGACCGUCAUGAUUUGACGGCGCCUGAGGGUUCCAAUUACUAUGCGCCAGUAACAUCAUCUAGUCAUGAUCGUAUUUCCACCACAGGUGAUGUCCAUCUGUAUGCAGAUCCAUCAACUCUAUAUAGCAGUCACCCACUACUAUUGGUGGAUUGUGAAGGUCUGAGUGGAGGAGAAGCCAUCCCAAAGCAGCUGCGACAUCACCCACAAGUUGAUAAGUCACUCAACCAACCCGUACUUCCUCAUGCGAUAAUCGUAUUCAAUGCCACGGAUAUCAAUGUCGACGAAAGGGAAUGGGAUAUUACGAUGGCGACGAAAUUGCUGAUGGCAGAUAUCCACGACGCCGUCACACGUGAGCCGGCCUUGCAGGAAUAUGGUGAGCAACAAAUGUCCCGUCACUGCAUCUAUCGGUAA